UUACCAAGGUUUCAAGAUAUGAAAAUCAAACAAGAAGUACAAUGAUAUCCCUACGUGAUGUCUACCAUGUUGUGGCGGCCACUAUCCCUUUAUAUGUCGUCAUGAUCUUAGCCUAUAUCUCCGUAAGGUGGUGGAAACUCUUUUCACCAGAGCAAUGCUCUGGCAUCAACAAGUUUGUGGCAAAAUUUUCAAUACCUUUAUUAUCCUUCCAAGUGAUAUCAGAAAGCAACCUCUACAAAGUAAACCUGAAGCUUCUAUUAGCAGAUUUCAUACAAAAAUUUCUUGCUCUGUUUCUACUGGCAGUUUUUGCCAAACUGAAGCCCAAAGGAAACCUGACUUGGAUCAUAACAGGUCUUUCAGUUUCAACCCUUCCCAAUACCUUAAUCUUGGGGAUUCCACUAGUAAAGGCCAUUUUUGGUGAUGCAGCAGCAGAACUACUAGUGCAGAUAAUUGUACUGCAGAGUUUAAUUUGGUACAACCUCCUACUAUUCUUGUUCGAGCUCAAUGCAACAAAAGAAUCUUAUGUGCCAUCACCAUCAGAAGUAGCAGUUGAGCUCGAGGUCCCUGAAGAAUCAGAAUUGGAAGAGGACAGGGAGGAGGAAGCAAAAGCCAUAUGCCCAAGGAAGACAAAGAUUAUGCUAAUUCUUCUAAUAGUUGGAAGGAAACUCAUAAUAAAUCCUAAUACACAUGCAACUCUGGCGGGUAUUAUUUGGUCAAGCAUACACUUCAGGUGGGGAAUCAAUCUACCAACAAUUGUUGGACGAUCAAUAUCAAUACUUUCAGAUGGAGGGCUAGGAAUGGCAAUGUUUAGCAUAGGUGUUUUCAUGGCAUCCCAAGCUAGUAUUAUAGCAUGCGGAACCAGAAAAGCAAUAUUAGCAAUGGCACUAAAGUUUGUUCUUGGACCUGUACUCAUGGCAAUCUCAUCUAUUGCUGUUGGACUAAGGGGAAAAUUGCUAAAAUUGGCGAUAGUGCAGGCAGCCCUUCCCCAAGGAAUCGUUCCUUUUGUGUUUGCCAAGGAAUAUAAUACACAUCCUACCAUCUUAAGUACAGGGGUAAUCUUUGGCAUGCUGAUCGCAAUACCAAUUGCUUUGGCAUACUAUUUCCUUUUGGAAAUAUGAAACUCAGACAUGGUCAUGGGGUAGCAGAUAUUCACAAUAUUAUAAGAAAUACAAUUCGUAGUCUUGUAGCAUCACUCAACUGUAGAGUGAUUACAGUGAAGAAAAAGGCAAAAAUCUCACUGAAGUAUAGUUUUUGUAUAAAAUAAUAAAGGAUGAAUGUGCGUCGAGUUCU